GUAUAUAAUGCGUGCGUUCGUUUAAUAUAUCUGUAUCGGUUUUACUGUACGGUCGUGAAUCAAGUUAACUCUGACUCCGAGUCAUUUAAGAUGGAACUGCUACAAGUAAUAAUGGUCUCCACUGUAUUUCUGGUGGUCAUGGCUUACCGUCUGCCUCGUGAAGUUGAUGACGACAAUUUGUCUUUAGACCAAAGAUUCAUAUCGCAAGACAUAUGUAUAGCAAAGAAUGGUGAAGAAGGAAUUUGUGUCCACGAGAGUUUCUGCAACGAGGCACACACAAUCAUGCCUGGAGGUGUUAUUGAUAAGAGCGAAUUUAGAGAACUGAUGAAACCUUGUCCAGGACAGUUUAUAUGGUGUUGCACGAAAGAACUCGUCAUUGAACCACCAGUUAUCAGCAAUAAUAAUACUGAAAGCUGUUUGGCGCUAGAGUCGGACGUUACUCCUUGGGCUGUAUCGCUAUAUAAGGUAGCUAAUGUGAAGCAGACAGCACAAAGUGUCUUCUGCAUGGGCUCGCUAAUCGGAACCAGAAUUAUAUUAACCACGGCAACCUGCUUAAAAUCAGCUCAGCAGCAUAUGGUGUACGCAAGAGUACCAGGAUCACCGGAGCCGGGCCGCAAUUACACGGUUCGACAUCGGAAAUUUCAUCCCGACUAUAAUUCUGGUUCGCACGUAUUUGAUUUUGGCCUACUAGUGCUAGAAGAGGAAGUUAGUUGGGGAUCGAAAAAGGGGCAAGGUGCUUGCUUAGAAUUUAAAAAGCCAGCAGGCGAGUGUAUGACACUUGGUUUCGACAGCAACGAUGAAAUUACUUCGACACUGCUGAAAGUAAUACCGGGUUCAUGUAGCAAUUUUGGCGGUAAAACGACACCAGAAAAAGCGUGUGGUACUAACGAAGAUGAUGCAUGUAUCGUCUCCCCAGGGGCUCCUGUACUCUGCGAAUCAAAAAAAGGCAACGCGGUGGUCGUUGGAGUUAUUCGUUCUGGAUGUAAUAAGGAUCAAGUUCUGAUUGGAGGUAUCGCAGAAUCCUCAAAAUGGCUUUUGAACGAACUGAAAGCGAUGAAAGUGACAAACGAUGUGUUCAUACAAAAAUAAAAUUUUAAAUAUAGCAUAGUAGCUGUUCCUCGUGACUCUAUCGGCGUCAAAACUACCCGUAUUUCGUGUGCAUUUGUCCUUAUGUUCAGUGAUCCCUUCGAAAUAAGGUAAUAGACGAACAGAGAUUUUUUUUCGCAUUUAUAGUCUUAGUCGAAUAUUAAUAGUAAUAAAUUUAAAACCCUAAA